GCAUCCCUCGACCCUUUUUUAUUAAUUAAUUCAUACCGUCCAUCAAUGAGGAAAUGUUUGACUAUUCGUUGGACAAUAAAAAUUAUGGGCAGUUCCGUGCAAGCAAAAACUUACAAAAUCUCAGAGGCUCAAGAUCUGACCAUUCAGUGUAAGAUAAUUAAUUUUCAUUGUUGGGCAAUCACACAAAAUAACAUGAGUUAUUGGCCAAAACGAACGAGGGGCCGCUGGCCACAGAUAGUUUUGUGAAAUCUGAAUGGUUCGGGACAUGUGUAGUCCCGCGUGUGACUCCGCCUCUUUCUGUCAGAACCUCCGUUGCCUGAAGCCCCAGAUGGCUGUAUGACGCUUAUGUCACGUGUUGUUUUCGUUGCGCUGCUUGCCUAUGUGUACGAGUACCUAGUAGACGUGUUGUGUGGAAGGGGAUUGGAUUAAAUUAAAUUCGGAUGUCUCUGGAUUUUUUUUUACUUAUUUACCUGCGUGAUGGUGGUCUAGUUUAGGAUACGGCACCACCUAGCUUUUAUUAUCUAAUUAUUAAAAUUAUCACGAAAAUGGCGAGUUUGGUGAAUUUUCAAGAAAAUACACUGGAAAUACAGCCGUCACAACGCGCGACUGGGGUAACAUCAACAAAAACAACAACAAGCAUUCCAACCUCUUUGAUGGUGGCUCCUUCCAGCAGGAUUAAGAACAGCACGCAGGUUUGCAGCCCCCAGGAAGAAACCCCUGGUAAUUUGGUUAAGAAAUCUUCAGGUUCUUUUCUGUCAUUAGUGCACGAAGAAGCCCAGGCUCCUGUUUUGGGUGAUGUAGUAAAGUGCGGCUACUUAAGAAAACAAAAACAUGGGCACAAGAGAUUCUUUGUACUGAGGUCACAGAGCCACCUGGGUCCAGCCAGAUUGGAGUACUACGAUAGCGAGAAAAAAUUCAGGAAUAGCAGUAGGUCAGGUACAACAAGUACAGGACAAAUCUGUCCACCGAAGAGAGUCAUUUAUCUCUACCAAUGUUUUACAGUAAGCAGAAGAGCCGAUGCCAAGAAUAAGUACCUCAUUGCUCUGUAUACUAAAGACGAAUAUUUUGCCAUGGUGGCAGAAAAUGAAACAGAGCAAGAAAGCUGGUAUCAGUCACUAACUGAUCUGUUGAAUGAAGGGAAGGACUUCAUUGAUUCAGAUGAACUGGAUGAAAAUUGUGGUACUCUGAAACCAGGAACUGUUUUUAAGGAAGUGUGGCAAGUAAAUGUGAAGCCUAAAGGCCUUGGGCAAACCAAAAACCUCACUGGAGUGUAUAGACUAUGUCUUUCAAGUAAAAUGAUCCAUUUAGUGAAGCUGAAUUCAGAUGUUCCAUGUGUGCAUUUGCAGCUGAUGAAUAUUAGAAGGUGUGGGCACUCUGACAGCUUUUUUUUUAUUGAAGUGGGUCGCUCUUCUUCCAUUGGACCUGGUGAAUUGUGGAUGCAAGCAGAUGAUUCUGUGGUAGCACAAAAUAUGCAUGAGACAAUUUUGGAGACUAUGAAAGCUAUUAAAGCUUUCGCAGAAUUCAGGCCAAGGAGUAAAAGUCAGUCCUCUGGAACAAAUCCAAUAUCUUUUAUUACUACAAGGCGACAUCUUGGCAAUUUGCCUCCCAGUCAGACUGGUUUACAGAGGAGAUCUAGGACUGAGAGUAUGACUGGUACACCACCUACAGCGAAAAGCAGCUCCUAUCGUUUUCGAACCUCAAGUGAAGGUGAAGGUACUAUGACUAGACCAUUCAGGUCUGUGACUGGAAGUCUUGUUCAUUUAAAUACUGCAAGGCUGAAUUUAGGGCGCCAAGAAGGAGGUGGUAGGUAUGUAAGGGCGCCACUUGGAUCUUCUUUUCAUGCAAGAUCAGCUUCUUUACCAGUGUCACACUUUCCAUCUACUACAAGCCCUGUAAGUGUUUCCUCCAGCAGUGGACAUGGUUCUGCAUCUGAUAACCUAACAAGGCCUUCUAGUUCCUCUGUGUGUGGGUCUCCUAGUGAUGGAGGCUUUAUAUCUUCUGAUGAGUAUGGUUCUAGUCCUGGCGAUUUACGAUAUUUCAAAGUCAGAAGUAAUACUCCUGAUUCCUUGGGAAACACUCCACCAAUUCGAGAGGAGAACUGUUUAAAUGAUUACAUGUUAAUGGCUAAACAUUUAAGUACGACUGAUCACAUCCCAGGUGAUUGUGCAGUGAGGGGUGACUAUAUGGAAGCAGAUACUUUCAGUUUCAGGAAACGGACACAUUCUUUGACAAAGCCAAAUGUAGUUCUGGUCCACCAGAAAACAACACAGACGACUUCUUCUUUAGAUGAAUCAAAUGCUGAAGAUGUAGAGUCUUUUGGAAAGUGUGAAGAUAUAACUUACUCUACAUUAUCAAAGCCAAGUUGUGACUUUGAUGUUGGAGAUUGCAGCAGUGCAGCUGUGCAGCCUGUCAAGGGUGGAAAUCACAAUAGUUCUACAAAGGAUGAAGGGUACAUGCCUAUGAUGCCUGGAGUGGCAUCCUCACUAGUUAGUAACAGUGACUAUGUGCCAAUGAAUCCUAAAAGUGCAGCUGCUCCAAAAGAGAUUAACUCUUGGUUGUCAGCUCAGGUAGAUCACAUAGGGUACAUGAUGAUGUUUCCUGCUGCUAAUGGUUCACUUUCUUGCAGCCCUUGCAGUGGAUGUGGUUCUAAGGACACAAAUGGCAAAUUAACAAAUGGUGAAUAUAUGGAUAUGUCACAUGGGAAUUCAGCAUUACUGAAACUACCGAGUAAUUACCUCAACAGUGUUGCCAGCUGUGAUCUGCCCAAAACUUGCAGUUCCUAUUUUUCUUUGCCUCGGAGCUUCAAGACUGUAGCAAGGUGUGUUGGGGAACAGGAUAAUGAAUAUGUCCCAAUGAGUUCUCCUGGUAAACUAAUGUACAGUGGGUCUGACUGUAGCAAUGGCAUUAUUCAUGAAGGGAUAUCCACUGAUAUUUCAGUAGGGAAACAGCCUGGUUCUGAAGACGUAGGAAGAACUGGAAGUACUAAAAGACCUACAAGACUUUCUCUUGGUGCCAGAGGAAGCAGUACUCUUCCUAGAAUGUUUGACCGUGCCUUGCCACCUGAGCCAGGCAGCCCUGGGGAAUAUAUAAAUAUUAAUUUUGGUGAAAAAGCAAAUAAUACUCCAUACUCUUUGUCUGUUGAAGGUUCUCCAUCCUCUCUUGGGUCAAGCAGUGACCACAGACAGUCACCAUUAUCUGAUUACAUGAGUGUGGAUCUUGAUGUACAGUCACCAAAGGCAACUGCAGAGCUUUCAUCUUUAACAGAUAUCGGUGUUUUUCCUGGAAAUGUACUUUCUCGGACCAAGAGUGUUACGAAUUAUGCUAGGAAUCCUGUUGGUGCUGAUGCCCCUAACAGCAUAUCAGAUGACUAUACAGAGAUGACAUUCAAUAUAGCUGUGACACCACCUAGAUCUGGGGCUGCAAAAGUAGAUAGUAUGAAAGAAAUGACUAGUCCUUCAUCUGUUUUGAAUAGGCUGUGUAUUGUUGACAGAUUUUCCAGUGCAAAUAGUUGUUUGUUUCCUACUCCACCACCUGAUAUUUCCACUGGUCCAAAAGUAAUCCGAGCAGACCCGCAGGGAAGGAGGAGGCACAGCUCGGAAACCUUCUCUUCUGCUCCCACAGUAACGUCGUCUUCAUCAUUUUUUACUGAUAGCAGCAAAAGGCACAGCUCUGCUUCUUUUGACAGUGUCUGGCUUAAGUCAGAUGAGGGUGUUGGUGAUGUUCAAGGGAGCAAAAUGUGCAGAAAUACAUCAACUGGAUUUCAGAAUGGUUUGAACUAUAUAGCUUUGGAAUUACGAGAAGAUUCUGCAAACUGUGCAUUAAGCGCCCUCUUGCCCGUUUCUGAUCCUCUUCAGAAUGGUAUUGGUGACCUGGACAAUGGAAUUUAUGCUAGCAUAGACUUUUGCAGGUCAGAUGGGCAAAAAUGAUCGUGAAAGGCUGAUUGUAUUGCCAUGGAAACCGCCAUCAAGCAUAGAAGAAUGAGUCUUCAGCUCCUCAUGUGCCCAGGCUCCACAUAUUUUCGGAAGCCCUGCAGAAAAGCCAUUUAUUACAAGAAGCUUCACUUGCUUAUAACCAGCAGACAAUAACAUUUCAGAAAGACAACAGAACCAACCCCUUUUCAAGUCAUCACUAACUCCAUUUGUUGCUUCCAGAUAAGCGUUGGUGAAUAUAUAAUUUUACGUAACAUAUUUUGCUGGAAUUGUAAAAAUGGCUGUCCGUCCACAUGCUUUUGGGGUGGAGAGAAUAUGCAGUGACUUUUUCAAAUAUUCAGACAUAAUUUCUUAAACAACAAAGGAUAAGCUUGAUUACUGCUAUCCAGAACCAUUUUCACAUUUUGUCACGGUGAAAAAGCAUCGAUUCACUAUGAAGAAAUGUUCUGAAAUGUUGAUGCUUUGUUGUUUUUUGCAGUCAAAAACUAUUGCAACCUCUAAGAAACUGUACAUAAAAUGAUGUAUACACACAUUAUUUAAUUUUUUUGAUUGUGAAGAAUGUUGUUAAGCUUCUUGUAAGUGCAAAUCAAGAAGAUUUUAUGAAACAAAAAUGUUUCCUACAGUUGUGUUGCCAUCUGAAUGGUGCAUUGUUAUUUCAGUGAUAAGUAGCACAUACAUGUCAUAAAGUUUAUGACACAGAUGACUGUACAUUUAUUAAAUAGAAUUAAUGGGAUAUGCAGGGUAUAACUGAAAUCUGAGGUACUUUAAAGUGUUUUUUAUUUUGUGUUUAUUUUGUUUGAUUGGUGCACUGUUAACCCGGACAUCUUAUUUUUUUAUGCUUGCAUGUCAAAGAAAAGUACUCAAGAAUUGCAAGUCUGUUUACACAUGAACAGCAUUUUGGGAAGAAUGUAGUAGCCCUGUCAUACUCAAGUCAUCAUAAUACUAGUUGCAGAAUACACAGUGGCCAUAAACCUCAUAGUGGCCCAAAUAAUAAAACUAGUAGCAGCCCGUGUCAUUGAAGAUGGCAAGUGGAAAAUAUUUUUUUUACCUUGUGUCUGUCUGAAUCAGUGACUCAGGAAUGGAUGGAACCUUUAUUGUGUUCCUGUAAACACCAUUUGUUCAUGGGGUUGGAGUUGAGAGUGUUGCAUGGAAAUAAAUAUGCAUACAGGCAGUUCCCUUUUGUGGCAUCUCUCGAUCAUGUGAUUCUUGCACUGUGUCAGGCAGCACAGAUGUUUAUGCAGAGUUGUUGGAGCAUUGGCUGUUGGCCCAUUUCCUAUGUAGGCUCUUGACUGACCAUCUCGAGGUAUAACAAGGCAUGUCACAGGUAGAGGAUUAGGGUAGUUCUUAGGGAGAAAAGAAAGGCAGGUUAGAGAUGGAGAAGCCAUUUUCUACUUUUGAUAAAGGUCAUCCAUGUAAUCUACUUGAAGGUAUUGCUCGACUGUUCCUCAUUAAAUCCAUAGUGGACUGUUCAUUUCAUGUGGUAGCAGCCCAUAUACUCAAAAUUAAAGGUGAACAGCCAGCAUUCAUUGGGCUAAGCCAAUUAGACAACAGCUCAGAGAGUUUGCAGAGAGGUGUAAUUGUCUGCCUGUUUGGCCACUGUGUUAUCUACAAACAGUGGUCUGCUCAGCAGCUCACAAUGGUCUAGAUGCUGACCACAUAGAACCCAUAUGUGAAGAAUAAUUUUCAGGCUGCUUCAUCCACUCGGGGGUUUCACUGUAACUACUGGAUGAAAACAACGGUACAGUCCUUUCUUCACGUGUGAAAUAUUAACAGUGAAACCUGAUAUUUUCUCAUUAAACAUAAAAUUUAGCAGAGUUGAAUUUGUACCUGCAGUGUCAACUAGGACUUAAGCAAAUGUAUAUCUGGCAAAAAUGCAGCAAAUUCCCUUUGUAAGACUGUUUUGUGGUGUGAUGUUGUCUUUCAUACUUUUAAAAUUUCAAUGGCUCUUGCAUUGUAGAAGACGUAAAAGGGUACUUAAGAAAGAAUUUGAGUAUACUGCCCAAAGCCUUGGGUCUCUGUAUAGCACAAUGAACCACAGAUGAAACAUCGUUGUGAUAUUUUGUAUUUAUAUAUGUCUUGAAGAUACAGUCCUGGAUAUAAUCAGACCAUUAGAACAGUGUACUCACAGUGAAUCUGGUUUGGACCACCAGCUUAAAAAUGCCAAAAGGUUUACCAUACUUAAACAUGAGCUGCUGCACAACUGUUAAAAUAAUACACAGUGGUAAACGUUUCAGUGCUUCUAUAGACUGCAAGAUUUUUAAAUACCCAUUUGCGUUAUGAGCUGUCUUGUUAGCCUUAAAUGCACAACCCAUUUUUUUUGUGCAUUUAAAAAAUUUCAAAAGUUGCUAGCCCCUAAAAUACAGGGUUUAAAAGCACGUACCAAUUCUGCACUUUCCUAUAUUUCUAAAUGAAGUGCAAUUGCUUUUUACCUGCUUCUUUUUCAUUCAUUGACUGAAUCAUUGCAUUGAUUAAUUUUAACUUAAGGAAACUAAAUUUUGCCUUUAAUUUGCACAACUUUCACAUGUCAUUGUUAGGCUUUAUGCAACCCAUAGUUUUGGGUAUGUGGUAAGGAAGUGAUGAAAUUGCAGCACCAAAGUGUUUCCCUUUUAUGUGUAGUACCUCUGUUUAGGUAUGCAUUCAUCAUCCUGUUUUUUUACAAUUUUUGUAAGCUUUGCUGCCAUUUGUUCAUAAUACACUAACAUUACACAUUUCUAAAGUUUCAUUUUACUUAUUGUUCAGAUAAACCUAAAAAUUACUUUCAGUGUUUUCAAGCAUGUCCACGGUACACUGAUUUCACAGUUCUACAGUCCUUCAGGAUGCCAUUGUACAGUAUACAGCACUGAUUUAGUUAUAAAAAAAAAAAAAAAAAAAAAGUCUGAUUAAAUCUUGGUAACCUCAAAUGUUAUAAAAUGACUAACAGGUACGGCAUACUGAAUAUGCAAUUUUUUUUAAAAAUAAUGAAAUCUGUGUCUUGGUUUACAAAGCAAAACUAAUUUAUUCAGUAUUGAGCUGGAAGUUAUUUUUCAGAGGAUGUUAAACAUAUCACUAAAUAUAUAUUAAUCUUCCAGCCACCGGUUAAUGCUGCUGUAUAAUAUAAAAAUACCAAUGAUGGAACAGUGUUUUUUGUGUCCUGUAAAUUUGGUUUCAUAACGGACAUAUUGUUAUUUCAGCUGUACAGACUAAAGCGUAAUAUGGUUGAUACUGUUCGUUAUAUUUGCUAUUUCUGCUCCAUAAAUCUGUUUAAAAAGAGAGCUAAUAUAUCUGGCUGUGUCUUCCACUGUAAAUAAUGUUGCUUUGUUUUUCUUGAUAAAUACCGCUUUUGUGGUUUUUGGGAGACUGGCUUAAAAUUCUGUAUAAUGUUUAUAUUUAUCUGACUUUGCUUUCCAUAGAGCUACUUGCAAUAAAUUUGUGUUCAUGUA